AUGAAGGAAGAUAUAGAAGAGGGGGAGGGGGUUAUCUUAAGAAGGAGGGUGGACAGAAGAGAGGCCCUUGUCGACGGCGACUGCAAAGCUGCUGUGAGGCGAGAGCGAGUGAGCGAGCAAGCGAGAGAACUGCUCGCUGCCCGGACCGGAGUCCCGGAUAGUCGGCCUCGCCAGUUGUUAUCGACUAGUGGAAGAGGAAGGUGUUGCUCUCCUCCCUCUUGUGCCGUUCAUAUAAACAAUUCGGUCGAAAAUCGCGUGUUUUCUCGGAAUUUCUCUUAUAUGCCCUUUACCUUUUACACUAUCGUCCUUUCUUUCUCCUCAUCCUACUCCACCAUCCUUUCUUCCUCCUUCUCCUAUUCGACCAUCCUUUCUUCCUCCUCUUAUUCGACCAUCCUUUCUUCUUCCUCCUCCUCCUAUUCGACCAUCCUUUCUUCCUCCGCCUCCUCCUAUUCGACCAUCCUUCCUUCCUCCUCCUCCUCCUCCUAUUCGACCAUCCUUUCUUCUUCCUCCUCCUAUUCGCUCAUCCUUUCUUCCUCCUCCUCCUCCUAUUCGACCAUCCUUUCUUCCUCCUCCUCCUCCUAUUCGACCAUCCUCUCUUCCUCCUCCUCCUCCUCUUAUUCGACCAUCCUCUCUUCCUCCUCCUCCUAUUCGACCAUCCUUUCUUCCUCCUCCUCCUAUUCGCCCAUCCUUUCUUCCUCCUCCUCCUCCUCCUAUUCGACCAUCCUUUCUUCCUCUUCCUCCUCCUAUUCGACCAUCCUCUCUUCCUCCUCCUCCUCCUCCUAUUCGACCAUCCUCUCUUCCUCCUCCUCCUAUUCGACCAUCCUCUCUUCCUCCUCCUCCUAUUCGACCAUCCUUUCUUCCUCCUCCUCCUCCUCCUCCUCCUCUUCUUCUUCUUCUUCUCCUUCUUCUUCUUCUUCUUCUUCUUCAACCUCGUCAUUUUCGUCGUCUCCUCUCCCCCCUUAUUUAUAUUCUGCCGAUUGGUGUUCUCCUUUUUAG